ACAUUUCAUGUCAGUGUAUAUAUCAUACAAUUUAGUGAAACUUAACUUACAUUGAAGUUCUACUAUGUGUUGUUUAUAAGUAAAACAUUAGUGUACUUUGUAUUUAAAUAAGUGAAAGAACAUAUAUAAAAGUCAGAAAUGGAUUUUCAAAAUCGUCCAGGAGGCAAAACUGGCGGCGGAGGUGUCGCGUCCUGGUCAGAAAGUAACCGAGAUAGAAGAGAACGUUUACGACAACUUGCGUUGGAGACUAUUGACCUCAACAAGGAUCCAUAUUUUAUGAAAAAUCAUUUAGGUUCUUACGAAUGUAAAUUAUGUUUAACUCUUCACAAUAAUGAGGGCAGUUAUUUGGCCCAUACACAAGGUAAAAAACAUCAAGCUAACCUAGCUAGAAGAGCUGCUAAAGAAGCAAAGGAAGCUCCUCAAACACUUGCUCCUGAAAAACCUCGAGUAGAACCAAAAAAAUUUGUAAAGAUUGGAAGACCAGGUUAUAGAGUAACUAAACAAAGAGAUCCAGAAUCAGGACAACAAAGUUUAUUAUUCCAAGUUGACUAUCCAGAAGUUGCAGAUAAUGUUAUUCCAAGGCAUAGGUUUAUGUCAGCAUAUGAACAGAGAGUUGAACCACCAGAUCGUAAAUGGCAAUAUUUAUUGUUUGCUGCUGAGCCUUAUGAAACUAUAGCUUUCAAGGUACCUAGUAGAGAAGUCGAAAAGGCAGAAGGCAAGUUUUGGACACAUUGGAACAAAGAUACAAAACAGUUCUUUUUACAAUUUGCAUUUAAAAACGAAAAGCCUUCCGUUGGUAAAGUGCCACCACCUCCAGUUCCUUUAAUACGACCUGGUUUAGGACCACCUAUGGUACCAGUACCACCACCACCAAGACCACCUAUAUUUAAUCCAGUACCACCACCACCAGCACUUUUAGCUACUGGCAUGCAAAUACCUCCACCACCACCUCAUUUAGCAUAAUUUUUUAUUCAGAUAAAACAAUGCGGAAAAAGGUUAUAAAUCAAUAUCGAAAUGUACAUUCUACAAAAAUAAAAAUGCUUUUUGUACAUAAAAGAAAUGUGAGGUGGCAUUGUUA